CGGCACCAACCAUGGCUGUAGCGACCUCCCUUCCCUCUCGCUCGCAUCCGGCCUCCUGGCUAUAUAUAUACCUCCUCUGGGCUUCAAGUCCUCAUCCUCGGCGUCCUCCAGUCCAAUCCACCAGCAGCCACCAAUCAACUCCGGGGACUCGGCACCGGCCCGCUCAGCGAGAUCGAUCUACGAACCAAAUUCGAAAAUCAAUGGCGAUCAAGAAGGGGUCAUCGGCGGGGCUGAAGCAGAUCCUGAAGCGGUGCUCGAGCCUGGGCCGGCGGCAGCACCAGCAACAGAUCUGGGGGUCGGAGGAGGAGGAAGACAGAUGGGAGGAGACGGAGGAGGAAGAGGAGGCGGCGCCGAGGGACGUGCCGCGGGGCCACUUCGCGGUGUAUGUGGGGGAGCGGCGGCGGCGGUUCGUGGUGCCGAUCGCGGCGCUGGACCGGCCGGCGUUCCGCUCCCUGCUCCGCCGCGCCGAGGAGGAGUUCGGGUUCCGCCACGGGGGCGACCUCCUCCUCCUCCCCUGCGACGAGCAAGCCUUCCGCUCCCUCUGCGCCUCCUCCGCCUCCGCCUAAUAAGCUAGCCAGCGCCAUUGCCGGUCUCGGAGCUCGUAAGCGCGCGUGUAAAUACCGACGGAGGUGCCGGCGCCGGGACUCAUUAAUUAAUUCCCCGGCGCGCGCCCUUGGGAGGAUUGAACCUCCACCGUCCGCACCAC